UCUUUUUUUUUUUUUUUUUUUAGUUUGGUUUUUCGAGACAGGGUUUCUCUGUGUAGCCCUGGCUGUCCUGGAACUCACUCUGUAGACCAGGCUGGCCUUGAACUCAGAAAUCCACCUACCAAGUGCUACCUAGCCUUCCAAGUGCUAGGAUUAAAGGUGUGUGCCACCACUGCCUGGCUAAAGAUUGAGUUAUUUAUUUACCUCAUGUAUGUAAGUACACUGCAGCUAUCUUCACACACACCAGAAAAGGGCAUCGGAUCCCAUUACAGAUGGUUGGGAACUACCAUGUGGUUGCUGGGAAUUGAACUCAGGUCGUCUGGAAGAGCAGGCAGUGCUCUUAACCAUCUCUCCAGCCCCACAUGUAGACUUCCAACAGAAGAUGUGGCCCAGGUUAAAGGUGUGUCUUCCUGUCUCAAGAUCCAAAUCAGGCUUGUCUUUCACCUCAAAGGUCCCAACUAGAAGUAAAUCUACCCACUUCAAACCAAGCAGAAUAUCUUUCACAAGUUUGCCCUCCAUUUCUGGAUUGUACUUCAUUCCAGAUAUAGUCACACUGGCAUCCAAGAAUAGCCAUAACAGAGGUGUAAACUAAAGUGGAGCUCCAGAAGUCUACGGCUCUCUUCAAAAUACUUAAAUGACUUUGAAACUGAAGUCCAAAUCCAAGUCUUAAUUCCCUGAUUUACUGUUACCACUUAAUGUUCAUUGAAUGCUUAUAAAACGGUAAUUACAUAGAAUUUUACAGACAAGGGUUCAAAGAAAUGACCUACCUGGAAUACAUUUUUUAUUCAAAGUACCAACUGAGCUGAUGUAAAUUUAGAGGUAAAAGAAUACUAUUAUUGAGCCGGGCGUGGUGGCACAUGCCUUUAAUCCCAGUACUCGGGAAGCAGACGCAGGCGGAUUUCCAAGUUCGAGGCCAGCCUGGUCUACAAAGUGAGUUCCAGGACAGCCAGAGCUAUACAGAGAAACCCUGUCUCAAAAAACAAAAAACAAAAACCAAAAACAAAAACAAAAAAAUACUAUUAUUGGUAGUUUACUAGGUUCGUGACACCAAACUGUAUAAAAGAAAUGUGACAGAAGGUCUGCUGUUACAUCACAGAGCUAAAGAUAUCUAGACUAGCUAGUUUCUUAGUGUGGUUUGAAGCAGCAGACAUAAAAUUUCUUAACCACGCCGGGCGUGGUGGCACACGCCUUUAAUCCCAGCACUCGGGAGGCAGAGGCAGGCAGAUUUCUGAGUUCGAGGCCAGCCUGGUCUACAAAGUGAGUUCCAGGACAGCCAGGGCUACACAGAGAAACUGUCUCGAAAAACGAAAAGAAAAAAAAAAUCUCUUAACCCUUUAGAUAUCGCUGCUUCCUACAAUUUGACUGAGAUACUUCGCAUGCUGAGAACGUGAAGGGCUGUUUUUAAAAUCCCUUUCUUUGGGGGCACCAAACUAAAGAAAAGCUCUCCUCUCCAACUUAUUUGUAGGAGUAUCAGAGACUAUCAAAAUAGCUACUUUAUUUCAUCCAUGUUACUUUUGUAUACAGGGGUGUGUUGUUACAGAAGUACAGUGGUACACUGAAGAGGUAUCCACAGCUCUCUUCACAAACACUUCAAUGACUUUAAGAAACUGAAAAUUAAAACCUGUCUUAACUUCCUAAUUUGAUGUUACCACUAAGUGAUCGUUAGCUAUUAAUAAAACAUACUAAUUAUACAGAACUUUUGCAGACAAGGGUUCAGAGAGCAUUUAAGUCUGGGUACCAGCCCUCAAGAUGAAAAUCGUUAGCCAUUUUUUUCCUGCCCCUCUAAAGACGAAAGGUGGCGCUGCCGUCACUGGUUCAGCAAUGGGGCGUGUGCGGCCUCCGCACGUCGGAAGAGGAAGGUCCGCGUGCCGCCACGAUCCGCCUUUCCUGGGAAGCCGAUUUUGUCCUGCUCUGAACAAGAUGUAAAAAGAAGCCGGCGUGCGAGCCCUCGGGCGCCGCGACCUCAGCCCAGCGAAUGAGAAAGCGUCGGGACUUAGCGCAGCACGCCGGGGUUCCGCCUCGAGCACGCUGCAAGGGCCAGACCUACCCGGCGAGGGACGCCCAGAGUGGCCCCGCCCCCACGCCUCUAGCCCCGCCCCGGGUCGCUGACGUCAACGGUCACGUGCCGCGCGAUCCAGGCAACCAGGAGCUCCCCCGGUUCCGGAAGUCUCGCAAAGCCGCGCCAGGCUCCGCCCGUCGCCGUGACGUCACUCUCAGUCCCUACCACUACCGAGCCUCCGCGUCCGGGUACCGGGAGAACCACGGUUUCCUCGGAAGCAGCGCGGUCGCCUCCGCAUCCCUGGUCCGUUCGAGAGAGGAUUUCGAGGUCGUUGCCCGGGCCGGCCGGGGAGCACUUGCUUGCGGUACGGAAAGUCAGCGGCGUGCAGGCCUCCCCGCGCCAGCUUUUCCCCCCUCUCAGCCGGUCCGAGUGCACUUGGUUCCGCCGAGGCGCACGACGGUUCCGCCCCCUUCUUCCUUGUCAUUGAUGUUGUUGUUCUUGUCAGUGCCGCAACCCCGACCGCCGGGAGCGCGAACCCGAGCCGGGGCCGCCCGGUUGGUGCGGUGGCGGCGGCGGCAGCGGCUGCGGCUGCUGCAGCUGCGCCGGCUGCGGGGGCUGCUGCGAGGACUGCGCAGGCGGCCGGGGACGGGCGGCCGGCGGCCGAGCCGGAUGGCUCUGUGCGGGCAGGCGGCCGGCGCCGCGUCGCUGCCCAGCGAGCUCAUCGUGCACAUCUUCUCCUUUCUGCCGGCGCCCGACCGGCUGCGGGCCUCGGCCUCCUGCUCGCACUGGCGGGAGUGCCUCUUCUACCCAGCGCUGUGGCCCCAGCUCCGCAUCUGCCUCCGCGUCUCGCCCGCGGAGCAGCCGCGGCUAGAGUUCCUCAUGCGCAAGUGCGGCUGGUUCGUGCGGGAGCUGCGGGUUGAGUUCGCCGCGGAGAAUUAUCUGAGCGGAGGCGGCGGCCCGGGCGACGGCGGUAGCGGCGGCGGCACCGACACGGGCACCGGAGGGGAAGACGGGGAGGCCCUGCAGCUCUCCUCCCGCUGGCUGGAAGUACUGCGCAUCUACUUGGAGCUGGUGUUGUGCGUGCUGCUCAGCAUCCGGAACAACAGUGUUGAAGUACAAGUGUGUUCAACCACUGCCAGUUUAAGUGCUGCUGGGAACUGAACCGAGUGCUUCCUGUACGCCAAAAACUUAAUAACUAAUAAGAAGUGUAAACAUACAUUCUUUUCAUUUAUAAUGCUCUUGCUUUAUGAUUUCUGCCAUUUUUUAAGCAGAAGUGUAUCAGCCAUUCCGCUUCCGGGCUUUGUGCUGAAUUGCCUUACUCAAUGCAUAGUCAUGCCCCACAGGAAAAGAGCUAUGCUAACCUAGAGUUGUAGGGUAUAAUCAGUGGUACUGAUCUUCUGAGAGAAUAACAGUUGGCUUGUUUUGAUUUGUCAGAGUGAUUAUGGCUGCCAUACUGGUAUUGAAUGUGUUAAGAACAGAUGAUAAUCAACAAUAAAGAGUACCUCUUUGCCAAUAAAACACAGGGUUUCAGAAAUCUUUUUCUAAAGGAGGCCAAGACCUCCUGCUUGUCUGGAACUGCAGUAAGAGCUCAUUAAAAUGUUUUGGGGGGGUGGAGGGCGGUGAUGGCAUUUUUUUGUUUUUGCUUUUCAAGACCGGGUUUCUCUGUAGCCUUGACUGUCCUGGAAUUUUCUGUAAACCAUGCUGGCCUCAGACUCACAGAGAUCCGCUUGUUUCUGCCUCCACAGUGCUGGGAUUAAAUGUGAGCCCCACCAUCUGCAACUUAAAUGGUAUUAAAUGGAUUAACUUGACUCUGCCGUGGUUCUGUAAGACAUUCUACCACAUUCAAAACCAGUUCAGAACUACACUUGGAGCUUGUAGUCAAGGUGUUAUAGUCUUGAAAUGCUGUACUUCAUACUUAAGAAAAAUGAAAACUGUGUAAGUUAUCAGUAAGAUUUGGGAUAAUAUGUAAUAGCUUACUUACUAAAAAAUACUCUCUUUAGGAGCAUUCCCUGAAUCUCGUGUGAUUCCCGGACUCACCUAGGCAGGUGUAGUUUUUUAACAGUACAUGUUGACAUAAUAAUAUUGUAUAAUUGAUGUUUAUCUUCUCUGUGUGCACAUUGCAUGUAAGCUUUUCUGAAUUGGAACAUUGCACCAGGCCAGAGAAUAUGUGGGGUUGGGUUUUCUUCUUUACAGUUCUAGGCUUUGCCUCUCCUUCCUAGUGUGUAGACUGGCUACUUUCUAGUUAUAUCUCCUUCAUUAUCCUGUGUCUUAGUCAGCUUUUCUUAUUCCUAUAACAUAUGUUUCAGUUAAAUUAACUAAUGAAAAGAAAGAGUUGUUAGACUUGGUGGUGUGUGUUUUUAAUCUCAGCACUUGGCAAGUGGAGGCAGGUGGCUCUCUGUGAGAUCGGGGCCAGCCUGGUCUGCAGAGUGAGUUCCAGGACAGCCAGGGCUACGUAAAGAUAGCCUGUCAAAAAAAAUAAUAGUUUCAAUUACUAUUUUGAAGGUUUUAGUCUGUUGAGCUAUUGUUGGCUCUAAUAUUGUUGUCUGCCCAGUAUGAUCCCACUAGCCACAUAAGUUUAUUGAGAUUUUAAAUUAAAUAAAUACUAUUAAAAUGUUGACUCAUCCCACCUUACUCGUGUCAGCAACCCUAGUUAAAUGCCCAUGGUCAUUUGCCCUGUUGCUUUUAUCCCGACUUUUAAAUUUUCCACCACCAUCCAGAAUGGAUGUUCAAGCCUACUUUAACCAUGGACUUUGAGAAUAAUCCACAUCUAAAUUUCAGCACUAUCUCAUUUUUUUUAAAAAAAAAUUUUUUAAAGGUCCAUUAAUUCAACAAACUUGAGCCUUACUUUUCUUGAAAGAAAAUGUCCUCCAGCACCUAACAAAUACUGUAUGAGAUAGCUUUCAUCUUGAUGUGCUCACGGACUAUUACGUACUUUAAAUGGCUCGUUAUAGAAUAAAUAUACUAUGUGGGGACUGACCAAUUCAUAGUGCCCAAGAAGUAGUGCUGAUGGAGAAAAUAGGUGAGUCUGUGCAUUCCCAAACGACUCCAUACCUUAAAAUGAUAUGGUAAUGGAGUUCCCCAAAGAUAACUUUAAGGUCACUGUGAAUAGGGACUAAUCAAACUUCCCAGAAGAGCUCAAUGAGAGUAAAAUCUCAACCUUGCUUUAAUCCUCGAUAUUCUUUCUUCUACUUGAUCUAGUGUGCUGACCCCUGGGCUCAUAGGAUAUGCCACCCACUGGGCUAAAUUUGUUUUAACAAAUUUGUUUUAAGCUUUACUGAGCUUUUUCAUUUCCAAAGUUUCCAUAAGGGAGGGGUAGUGUUGAGUGGUUUUUAGAAUCUCCCUUGGCUGAAUUUCUUAUACAAGUUGUUGAAAUUUUCAUCCUAGUCUGGAAUUGGCUUCCUUAUGCCUUUUGAAUCUUCUUUUCAUUUUGAAUAUGUUUAAAACUAAGUGUUUUAAUUCCUUAGUUUUUCAACCAUUUUGGUAUAUUUGACUCAGUUAUUGAGGAGUGAACUACUAAAGCAUUUAUAUUGCCUUUAUAUUUCUUGUGUUUCUUCACUGCAAAUUUGUACAUCUAUUGGGAUCUGUGUCUUUUACAUAGGGUCUUAAUCGUCUUAAUCAAAGAUUUCUCUUGGGGUGUUAAUCCUCAAUGCUACUCAAAGGAGAGAAAGCAGACAUAGUAACAACAAUUCAGAAGCAGCCCAAAGAGUUAAUUAAAAGCAUAGAAAAAUAAAAACAAGGCCAGGUGUGGCAAUAUCUUUAAUCCCAGCACUCAGAGGCAGAGACAAGUCGACCUCUGUGAGUUCAAGGCCAGACUACUCUACAUAUCAAAUUCGAGGACAGUCCAGGGCUUUAUAGAGAGACCCUAUCUCAAGCAAGAGUAAGGAUGGAGGGAAGAAAAGAAAAA